CACAAACCAAUCUUCCGGUUGAUUCAUUGUGUGCUUGACAGCAAUACGAAGAUACAAUAGUUGACAUCCAAAUCGCACGGGCCGUGAGAAGUAGUCAUUAAACCCUGUGCCGUGUCUGGUUAAUCAUAUUCAACCAAGAACUCGACCCAUUCAAGUGAGCCGACUAUACCGGUAUAUAUAAAAGCCAGCCAAGUAUAGCCUCCUACACAYUGAGAUCCUAUCUUGCACAGACCCAUCCUUAAACCUCUCCAUCUCGUCAUGGAAGACCUUUCGACUGUGGUUAGGAUUUAUUUAACUGUUUUUUCCUUGCUUUAUUUGCUUGGAUGCUCUCGAAAUUCAGUAGAAUGUGCUCCGACCACAGCCGUCAAGAAAACUAACACCGAAAUAGAAUACCUCACUAAGUAUGGCUACCUCAGUAGUAAAGGUUCAGGCACCGGUAAACUGAUGAGUCAGGAAGAUCUUGCUCAGAGUUUACGGCGGCUGCAAAGGUUUGCUGGUUUGAACGAGACGGGAAUACUAGACGCAGCGACAAUCAAGCUGAUGGGGCAGUCGAGAUGCGGCGUACCCGACCUCAGCGAAGCAGAUAAAGCAAGGAGACGAAGAAGAUAUGUUUUACAGGGUACAUUUUGGAAAAAGAAGAGACUCACAUACAGGAUCAAAGCGUUCACAAAAGAUUUAAGCAAUGCGGAUCAGAAACGAAUUUUCAAAUGGGCCUUYGACUUGUGGUCCAAAUCAAGUAAGAUGAGCGUCACAGAAGCUCCUUCGUCACUAUCAGAUGAUAAGGUUGAUAUUUUGAUUAAAUUCGUCUAUGGAGCUCAUGGUGAUUACUAUCCGUUUGACGGURAAGGAGGUACCUUGGCCCAUGCUUUCUACCCCCACGACAACAGUGGCAUUGCAGGAGAUGCACAUUUUGACGAUGCCGAGAGCUUCACCACAGGAAAGCGCAAAGGCGUGAACCUUGACUGGGUGGCUUUGCACGAGUUUGGCCAUAGUUUGGGUCUCGAUCACUCGACRGUCCGUGAGUCUGUCAUGUAUCCGUGGUACAAGGGCUUCAUGGAGAAGAUCAAGUUGACUUAUGAUGACAUUMGGGGAAUCCAAGCUCUGUAUGGGGCACCAGAAAGACGCACARAACCAACAGACAAGCCCUUCACCAGUCGAACAAGACCAAACAAACCCGCUAUCGACGAAUGUGAAGCAAAGAAGUUCGAUGCGUGGGUCUAUUCAUAUGCAGAACAAAAGACCUACGCCUUCAUCGGCGACUAUUACUUCAUUGUGGACCCCCUGACGGUCGGGGUUAUUAGGGGACCUCUCAAAAUUGUUGACAAAUGGAGAGAAGUUCAAACGCCAAUUGACGCAGCUUAUGCUCGCAAAGACGGAAGGAUUGUGUUUUUCCGCGAGGGAAUUUAUUGGAAGUACUUUGGUGGUUACCGUGAACAAGGACCAAGGCCCAUCAAAAAUUAUGGGUUACCUAAGGAACUCGAGAAACUGAACGCUGCCUUUGUAUGGGGACGUAAUUCACGCACGUACUUCUUCAAGGGGGACAAAUACUGGAGGUACAACGAAARAUACCGCAAAAUGGACCCAGGGUACCCCAAGGAUAUUUCCACYUGGAAGAAAAUUCCAACCAACAUAGAUAGCGUAAUGAAGUGGAAAAACGAUAAAACAUAUUUCUUUAAAGGGAAUAAAUAUUAUAAGUUAGAUGAUUAUUCAGUCGAGUCAGAGGUGGGCUAUCCCAAGAAUAUUGCGGUGAAGUGGAUGAGAUGUGACCAGAGCAAACUUAAAGUUGUCAAGACAACCACAAGUCCUACAGUGAAUGCUACGUUUGUGAAUACCACGAGAACUUCGAUCAAAGCUGCACAGGAAGGAGUUUCAGAUUCAGGAGGACAACAUGUCCUGCCAAGUAUCCUUAUCGUCGUGUUUGGCAUUCUGACAACUGCAAGAUUUAUGUAGAAAGGAUUUAUGGACGACUUCAAAAGGGACAAUGUUGAAGCAAGGAGAAAAUUCUGAACUCUGGUAAUCAUGAUUCCAAUAUAUCAAGUUAAAUAGGUKAAUCAAUUUAGAAAAAUAUUAUAUGAAAAUAUAGUUUUGCAACAUGAUUUAUAGUAGAUAUCUUAUAAUUCCAAUUUACUAUGAAAUUCGUCAAAGAACACAACUUCUAAAUGAUUCAAGUCGAAAUGCAGUAGGUACUGAAAUCUACCAAGGGAAUAUUUAUUAUCCUUAUGAACAAUAGAAGACCAAAUAUGGUCAUUCUCGCGCCAUUAUUCUUAUGACGUCACKGCCGCCAUAUUGGAUGAUUUUACCGRGAAGACUUUUCGCCGAUAUUAUCCAAUAUGGCUGCAAUUUCUCCAUAAACGUCACAAUAGAUCGGAACUGGACAUGAAUUAACUUCGUGAUACGAAGUGACAUGAAAUAAAAUAAUUACAACGAUUCCUUUCCACAAGAAAAUCGAUUAAAAAUACCUCUUUUUCAGAGUAAUUCACUUCGGGUGAAAUAGCAGCGUUACCUCUUUGUUUAUAUUUCUAAUCUGUUGUAUUUAGUUUUAUUACAUUUCGACAAGCAAGUUUUCCAUUGAUUCCACGAAGCUGUGCCAUGAGCUGUACAUUUUAUAAAUAUUACUUUAGCAAGUUCGUUUCCAGGGUCCUUCUAACAAGCCAUUAGAGGGACCCUGGGUACUAGAAUWAAGCCUAUUGCAAAUAUUUCUCAAUGUAAGAUAUUGUAGAAGUAUGAGAUAAAUUGUUUUUAUGGAUUAGGACGUUACUAUGUAACAUUUUGUAAAGUUCUUAYGUCAAAGUAUUAAUUUAUUGUUGUAUUUAUUAUAUUGCUGUAAAAUUAUAAUAAAAAAUUCAGGAAUUUUUAAAG